UUUUUUCUUAUUAUGGUAACAGCUAUUGUACUUUCCUUUUUCUUAACUUUCCUUUUUAAAUCAUUUGCUCGCAUAAUGUUUAACCGUUCUGUGCAGGAGGACUAGGGUCUAGAUAAUGAAGCGAGAGCGAAAGUACUUCCAGUUUAGGAAUGAUAGACAUUCGAUAUUGGUGUAAGUUUCUAGUUUGCUAAGUUUUAUUUGUCAGUACAAGAAUAAUUUUAAUAGCACCAUGGACAAAAGGAGUGACAGUCGCAAGGAAUCGACGAAUGGCAGCAAAGCGAGGUAAAACAAAUGAAUUUCGAACUGAUGGUUUAAAUGGGCAAGGAGUAUUUAUAUGGUGUAAUUAAAUGCCCAGCAGCCAGGCACGGUCUCUAAUAGACUGAGUGCCCGCCAGUCAAAAAUUUCCACGCAAUUUCCGCCGGAAGGUUCUUUCAAACUUCUUAAGAAAAUCAAAUGUCUGUUAAGGAAUGUCAAGUAAUUCCAAAAAUUUAUUAGGUUAUUAAGUGGACAAAUUCUCCGAGCUUGUGCACACAAUGAUAUCGCUCGGUUGUCGAGCGAUAUAAACAAACUCUGAGAAUUUGUCCACGGAAAACUAAAUUAAUUUUUGUGAUCGCUUGACAUUUCUUAACAAACAUCUAAUACUCUUAAGAAGUUUGAAGGAACCUUUCGGUGGGAGUUGCGUGAAAAUUUUGGACAGCCAGGCAUUUAGUUUUUUUGAGAAAGUUCCCGGCUGCCGGGCAUUUAGUCACACCGAUAUUAAUAUUCACGACUAGUUCCUCGUCAGAGGAAUUUUCAUUCACAGAGAUCUCGUCAACCCUCACAUCAAGCGAGAAACAUUAUUUUUCCCAAAUUACCAUGUGAGGGCGCCGCUGUGAGGCGCCUGUUAUUCCCAUUUAAAUUUCUGUUUACUCUUAAUUUCGAUUUCGGAAGGAACGAAGUAUCGGCUUCUGUCUAACAUUGUCGCCUAAUGAUAAAUAAACCUCACAUUGUUUCAUUGUCUCUCUUGUGAGGCCGCCGCUGUGAGGCACCUGUUAUUCCUAUUUAAAUUUCUGUUUACUCUUAUUUUCGAUUCAUUUGGUUUGUCGUUCGAAGGAACCGCGAAUCGAACAAAUUUUGCUACACCUCUAUCCUGAUAUUAAACAUCGGCAGAAACGUACUUAGUGUGAUCAGUUUGUAACAAAGAAUAAAAUAAAUUCGCACUUUAGACUUGAAGAAAUUUUGCUAGAGACCUUGAAGCAAAUUGUUUACUUGAAAGAUAAUGUCAUUUUUAAUUAUUUCUGGUCACGCACGGUCACACAAUAAUAUCUUUUUGUCACGGCAAGUCUGCUUUCCACAUUUGCGUCUCAUUAUGUUUAUGCAUGUGUUCACCCCUUCACCGCUACAAAGUUUUAAUUUUAUGGGACUAGUCAUUUAUUCAUGACCUGACCAGGGGGAGGGGGGAGGUGGGGGCGAGAGGGUUGAGGCGGUGAUAACAUAGCUGAGGGGGGAGCUGGGGGGGAUCAGUCGAAAGGUGAUCAGUAGAAAAUUGACUGCUGAUUAAUUGCUAAUGGGAGCGAUCAUAAGAACAUUACGGAGCCUAACAGGGGGUCAUGAAAAAUUUUAUUGUGACCCCUCCCCCCCUUCGGCGAUAAAUAGUGACCAAUCCCUGAAGAGUGAUAAAUGAAUGAUUAAUGACAGAUUACUUCAAUGUAUCUCAGCGUAACGUUUUGUUGUGUCAGCAACAAAGUUUAAAUUGCAUAUUCAUACAAAUUUUUCAAAUGCCGCAUCUAUGUGGCUUGUUUUUGCAUUUCCUUGUAAUUCCUACGUGAUUGACAAGCUCCCCACCUUAUUAUGUAAAUAUAUUGGGUGAAGUUGGGAGAGAGUGCCAAACACUAAGGGGGGCUUCAGAGGGAGGCUCGGAGUUGAGCCCAUUGAAGCCUGAACGUUUCCAGACUUUAUUUUGUAAUUUCGAGAAUGAUUUGUUGUUUCUUUCAUUGAUUAUGUUAAUCUUAUGAGGUCAUUAUUUUUAGAGGGGUGUUAGUAAAUGACAUGAGGAUAAAAACAUUUUUCCAUAAGGGCUGUUCUGAACAGAAAUACAAAUGACGAUCUUAAAAGGAGCACUCAGGAGGAAGGCUACGAAUUUCUACCAGUAGCUGAAAACCACAUUGGCUUCAUAAUCGGCAGGAAAGGAUGUACAAUAAAUCAAAUACAAGAAACGUCAGGGGCAAAGAUCAGUGCUCAGUCACAAAAAGGUCGCAACGGAUUCGCUAUUCGUGGUAAUGAGAGGCAAAGGGCCCGUGCAAGAGAGCUAAUCAAAGAGAAAUUGGUAAGUGGCUACUAAAGGAAGUGGAACUAUUUCUAUAGACGUAACUCCUCAAAUUUUCCACUGCAGAACAAUGUCAAAAUGCAGAAAAGAUAAUAAAAGAAAUCGUGACGGUAAGAGCUCAUUAGUGGGAAAAGGAGGCUGAGUGUCUGUAUCUAACUCAGUGUCAAUUGAACCAUCAAAUCACUUGGCUGUUCUAGAUACUGUACAUUGGAUGUUUUUGUUUUCGAAUUAAGAAGCAAACUUUUAUCAAAGAACCAAGAGGGUUGCAAAUCACCCACAAAAAAAGAUCGAUACCUACGUCGAGAGGUUUGACUGUAAAAUUCUCACAGAGCCCCUCUCUUUUUGGCACUUGGAUUUUUACUGCUUUGAAAGCAGGUAUUUUUAUUUAAUAUAAAUGUAAUAUUGGUAUGAAUGAGGUGGCUAUCUUACGGCAAGUUUCCCUCAGCCUGCUGCUUUUAUACUCUCCAGAUCCACCAUUGAACUUCCAUUAAUUUCAUCAGCUAUCCAACAUUCAAAUAUCACUACUACACAUAUUAUAUAUAUAAAUUCUCAAGAACUUCAAAGCUUGCGUGUAUUCUCUCUCCCUAGGUUUUUUUCAAGUCUAGAUACGUUUAUGUAUUUGUUCGGAUCCGUAGGGUACUCAAGACAACGAAAAAGGCGGGUUCAAGAAGCUUCACGUUGACAUACCUGACAAAUUCAUGGGCGUUGUCAUUGGGAAAGGACAUGAGAAGUUGAACAAUAUCUCAACUAAGACUGGUGUAACUCUAAAAGCCUUCACCUUCGCGACAUGACAUCACACUUUCCUCUGGGAUUUCCAAAAACGAGAGUAAGCCCAAGAAGGCUCUCGAUAGGAAAUUAGGGAUUCAGUGGCUUUAUUUAAUGUCGAAGACGUGGGAAGUGUUUGCACAGUCUUCCGAGCCAGAGGCGAUUUUAACGAUUUUUUUUUUCAUUUAAGAAUCUUGCAAUGAAACGUUCAGAGAGUACUGAACCUUCGGCAAGGUUUGUUUUCGUGGACACUGCUCAGCUGGAAGAAAACCACGAGUUUAAGCUGCAGAAUUCGAAGUUACAAUCAGAUCAAGUCACCGGCUCUGGAGAUAAGUCCUUCCAACUAAAGCUACUGGGACAUCCUCUAGGAAAGGUCUGCCCGACUUUGCGCUGAUCUAGUAUAAAAAACGACUGUCUAACCCUAAGCUAACCUUAAAUAAAGAAAAUAAUCCAUGCAUACAAACAUAUUGUGAAUGUUACUGCUUAGAAAAUCAAUCAUUCAAUUUUAGCCACAGUUUAGACUACACCAUUCACUACAUAUAAAAAUUACUAAUUUCAUACGAUGAGUAGAUAACUGAAGGUUUCGACCUAUCAUGUUGCAAGUUCGCCCUCCUACGUGUUCGCUGUAAACCUCCACAUGAAAAAGAACUACAGCCCUAGAACAAGACGUUAACUACAGAAAUUCUCCAUUUCUGUAUUUGCUCUCAACACAUUUUGUCCCGCCUUUGUCAAGACAUUUCUAGAAACCAGGCUUGUAAUGGAAUCUUCCGAGCCUCCUCGCCGAAAGUCGACCCAGCCGUUCGUUUAAAGUCAUUUCUUUUAUUUGGAGAAAUGACAUAUUGCUUGCUCAUAACUUCGGAAAGCUUGAUUUUUCAAUGAAGUCAUAACACACAACGACUUUCAAACUGAGGGGAAUCGACAAGAACGUCUAAACAAAAAUGAACCUCCCUAGCAAUAAAACAAGCAACAUCCAACAUUUAUUACAAAAGACAUUAAUACAAUCAUCUUGUUUCUUAACAGGAAACAGAUGAUUUUGCUAACACGGAAAGUCUGAAAGAAAAGAUCCGUGGAGUUUUAAAGCAAAUUCACAAAGAGGAGUUGGAAGGGGGCAAGGUUAAGAUAGAAAUGAAGAGUCGUUUCGGUCACGCCUAUAUAACUAAGAUUGAUGAAGGUGAGAAAUGGGGAAAGGGGGAGACAACACCGCAGAGGGACAAGGAGCAUAUGAAUUGAUCGAAAAAUCUCUGAUGAAGUAUCUUAAAUCGGAUUCGAAGAUUAACGAAAACGCCUGGUUCUAUAACUCGCAUUAAAGUGGAAUGUGGAGGUGUCAAUCUAAGAUUUUAUUUCUUUGGUUUUUCUGUUGCUACAGAUGAAGAGGAAGACACUUUUACCCUGAAGGAGAUCCAAGAAAAAGUUGAAUCUACGGAUGGCAAUAGCUGGAAGCCAAUCUUCAAGGAAGGCGUCUUGAGAAUGGAAGUUGAGGCAAUUGAGAAGGACCUUGAAUCUUUCACAUCAACUGAAGAUAUCAGAUAUGACUUUGCAUUCUACACUCCUUCUUGCCGAGAUAUUGGUGUUGAGGUAUUUUAAAUCUGUAAAUAGAAUAGAUAAGAACAUCCAUAUAUCGUAGGAUUCUCUUCAUCAUCUGACGCUGGACUUGGAUUGUCCUUUCUGGAAAAAAGAAUUUUCACUUCUGAUAAAACACAUUCGAGUAUCGCCAAAUAGGAAAUGAAGAGGGGUAUUCUCGUUUAUAUCUGCAAGGUUCAGUGAAAACGAUACGGUCUCUUAGGAAUCCGGACAGUUUGUCCUUAUUAGAGACGUUAAAUGUAUGUUGUUAAAAUCUCUUAAAUUAUAUUCUAGCCUCUUAAUUAAAGGAAUAAGUCUCCCCGGCGUCGCUGAGGAACUAAGACACCGAAAAAACUGUCACUUGUUUUUAGAGAAGCCUGUCUACUUCCCUGAAUAAAGACUGAUUGGAAUUAGUUUUUAAUUCCCCAAAUUUUCUUGUUUCUCUCUUUAUGCCAGGUAAAGCUGGUGGAGGAACAUUCUGAGGACGAGGGUGCUACAGCUCCUUCGCUAAUGUUCUCUCGCAAUGCUUCUAUUCCUGUCAAAAACGUCUUAACUCGUGUGUUAACCGAAGACGAGACCAGAAGAACAUCGAACGAACCAUGCUUCCAUAUUUAUUCUCACUUUCAACAAAGAAUGAUAGCAGACAUUUUGAUGCCUUCCAAGGGAUUUGACUGCCGUUUGUCGAUAAGAACAUGUGAGUCUGUGAAUUAUGACAAGAAAGACGUAAUAAACAGCUUCUCGCAGCUCUCAGCGGCAUUAACUUUUAAUUUCAUAAGUUUUUUAAUUGCGGAUGGAAAACUUACUGCAAAUGACACUAAAAAAGGUAGAAAAAAAGCAAGAAGAGCGAAAUAUUGGAUGAUACUUGCCAUCAGUUUUACCAACCAAAAAAAUAAUUAAUGAAUGGAGCUUACAGCACUGAGUAGCGUUUUUGACUCCAUGAUUUAUUCUUCUGAACUUCAGAUGAAAAAAUCAUGAAGUCAAAAACGCUCAACUGUGUAAGGGACUAGUUUCCAAGGAGAGUAACACUGAAAAAAAAUAACGGAAGGAACUAAGUAUCACAUUGUAAACAUCACAUUGUCUCAGUUAAAAGUGUGUCUUUUUAUUUUUGUCAAGAUCCAAAUAUUCCGCAGACACCAGAAGCUGAAGAAGAAGACAGAAUUCUUGAAAGUUAUUUGAUGAACAUGAAGAUUGAUCAAAGUAAACUGAAGUUACCACCAACCUCCGAGCUUCCAGAUGGAUUUGAACUUUUUUACUGCCGUCGCAGUCGGAGAAGAACAUACCAGUACGAACAGUUUGUCUUGACUGUUUGUAAAGAGCAAGCUAAAGACAUAAAUAUUGAUCACAAUGAUGUAUGGAGUUUCGACGAAACCGAAGUAAGGGUACGUAUCACUACAAUCAAGCUAUGCUUUCUCUUCGUCCAUGUUAGUCAUACAUCGCUGUUUGUGUUAUGAUCCAUGUCGCUCGUCUGCAGUUGAUACUGAACAGUCAUUCAGUAUAUCUGUAAAUUAAAGCGUCUGUAGAACUCUGAUUUGGCCAGUCAGUCCGCUGGUCAGCUAAUUUGAAAGUUGGUCAGUCGGUCAGUCUGUCAGUCUGUUUAUCAGCUACUCAGACAAUCACGGUCUGCCAACCAAUACGUCAGGCAGCUUGUCAGUUAGUCAAUUAGUCAGCCCUAUCAAUUCAUCAGUCAGCCAAUACGCCAGCAAGUCCACCAGUCGGUCCGCUAGCCAGUCCGCCAGCUAGUCUACUAGCCAUUCCUCUAGCAAAACAUUAAGCUAGUUAGCCAGUUGGCCAGUCAGUCAGCUCAAUUCGUCAAUCAGUCAUUCAGAGAGUCAAUUUGGUAUCAUCAUCAACUGUGAUGAUAGCGUUAAUUGGCCACCGUUAGGAGUUUCAAAGCUGACGUUUCAAGCGUUAGCCCUUCGUUAGCCCUGACGAAAGGACAACGCCUAAAACGUCAGCUUUGAAACCAGUUAGCUUGAUUGUUUCGUUAGUGAUUGACUAUCCCACAUUUUAAGUCAUUUAGUCAUCUGUUUUGAGUCAAAGGAAGUCUUACGGGCUUUAAUUUUUUUCUAAUUUAUUUUUUUUCGAUUUUGUGUGAAAAAGACGGACAUACAUCUGUAUUGUAAAAAAUGGGAUGACACUUUUGAUGAAGGAGACUGGGAACCAGAGCAGAUCGUUGCUAAGCUACCGACGUUCCUAAAAUUUCUGAGAAAAGUUCAGUCACUCGUGGCUCCUCAUGAAGAGGCUAUUGGAGGCGAAAGUCAGCCAAAAACAAUUGAAGAGCAGAAUUAAAUAUACGAUGCGUAUAGGGAUUAAUAACUAAAAUGUGAUAGAUUAGCUAAAUGUGAAUGCUCUUCAAUCUGCGGCUCAAGAAGAUGUCAUUACCAUUCUGCGCAGUACGCGCUUGGUGGAAUGAUGCAACAGCACAACUUUGAGCGUCUGAUGGAAAGUGGAAAACCUAUAUUCUUUAAAUUUGUAAAUACAAAAAAAUAACUUAAGUGUUGGAAACUGUACGAUACGUUAAGUAUUCUUAAUUUGAUUGACAUUUACAAGGGAUUUCGGUUAAUCUAUACAUAACCAAAAAACAUGUAUACGGCACCUGUUUUAUCGCCCCAUACAUGGCACUGUUCUGGCACGUGCUUACAGCGGGACAUUGCGUGUUUCUUUCGAAUAAGCUGAGAGUUGUGAGCGGGAGUUAAUCGAAGCGUUGUUGUAAAAUCAUCAAAUCAAGUGAAUAAAUCGUGAGUUAACAAUGAAGCGUGGUACAGCUUUUUCACGUUUUCGAAACCAGCUGGAAAGUCAUGUACGAUCCCUUGCUUGACAAACACUUUGUCAUUAAACCGAUCCAUUUGUCAAGUUUAUGACACUUUCAUUUUAAAUUCUAACGAAAAGAGAAAAGCAAUUGGCUGUCAAACAGUUAGUUAUACACGACGUGUAUUUGAUAUUAUGCACUCUGUGCCUUUUACGUGCUUCGCAGUCUAUAACUUCGAGAACAUACUCAUCCCUGAAUCAUCGAAAAAAACUUACCAAUAAAAGGUAAAUGGAUAGAUUGGCUUUCAUGAUGAAUGUAUGUUGAUAAAUAGUAAGGGUAUUAAUGUGGCCUGGUAAUGUUGAUAAAUAUUAUUUUGAAUUUAUAUUUUUAAAAGAUAAAAAUUGGCUUUAAGAAUGCAUUUCCCUUAUCACAGCGAUGACGCAUGAUGCAUGUAUAUUCCUCAUCAUAGGAACAUUUAGGCCCUUUUUUGGUUAUUUUGAUAGCAGCUUCUGUACUUUCCUUUUUUCUUAACUUUGUUUCUUAGAUUAUUUGCUCGCAAAAUGUUUGACCGCUCGGUUCCGGGAGGACUGGGGUCAAGGUAAUGAAGCGAGACCGGAAGUACUUCCGGUUUAGGAAUGAUAGGCAUUCGAAAAUGGUGUAAGUUUUUAGUUUGCCAAGUUGUAUUUGUCAACACAAGAGUAAUUUUAACGGCACCAUGGAAAAAGGGAGUGACAACGGCAAGAAAUCGAAGAAUGGCGGCAAAACGAGGUAAACCAAGUGAAUUUCGAACUGACGCUUUAAAUGGGCAAGGAGUAUUAAUAUUCACGACUAGUUCCUCGUCAUAAGAAUUUUCAUUCACAGAGAUCUCGUCAACCUUAAGUCACAUCAAGCGAGAAACAUUAUUUUUACAAAAUUACCUCGUGAGGCAGCCGUUGUUAGGCGCCUGUUAUUCUUAGUUAACUUAUAGUUUACUCUUAUUUUCGAUUCAUUGGUUUGUCGUUCGAAAGAACGAAUCGAACGAAUUUUGCUACACUUCUAUCCCGAUGUUAAACAUUGGCAGAAACUUACUUGGUGUGAUCAGUUUGUGGCAAACAAUAAAAAUAAAUUCGCUCUCUAAACGUAAAGAAAUUUUGUUGUCGACUUUGGGGCAAAUUGCUUACUUGAAAGAUGAUGUCAUUUUCAGUUAUUUCUGGUCACGCACGGUCACACAGUAACACCUCACUGUCACGCAAGUCGGUUUUCCACAUUCGCGUCUCAUUAUGUUUCUAGAAGCAUUCACCCCUUCACCGCUAAUAAUUUUUAACUUUAAGGGCUUAGUCAUUAUUCAUGACCACGUGGUUGGGGCUUGGAGGGUUGGGGGGUGGGGGGAUCACAUGGCUUUCAGGGGUAGCUGACGGGGAUCAGUAGAAAAUUGACUGCUGAUUAAUUGCUAAUGGAGCGAUGACAAAAAUAUUGCAGAGCCUUACAGGGAUCAUGAAAAUUUUAUCGUGACCCCUUCCACGGCGAUAAUAAUAACCAGUUCCUUCAGGGUAACAGAUGAAUUAUUAAUGACUUAUUACUUCAAUGUAGGUUAACGUUUUGUUGUGUCAGCGACAAAGUUUAAAUUGUAUAUUCGCGCAAUGUUUUCAAAUGCCGUAUCUGUGUGACUUUUUUUUUUGCAUUUCCUCAUAAUCUCUGUGAUUGGCAAGCUCCACACCUUAUUAUGUAAAUAUUCUGGGUGAAACUAGGACAGAGAGUCAAACACUAAGGGGUGCUCCAGGUGAAGGCUCGAAGUCGAGCCCCGUCGAAGCCUGGACGUUUCCAGGCUUUAUUUUGCAAUUUCGAGAAUUAUUUUUCUAUUAUUACUUGUUACAUUAUGUUGCUUUUAAUAAGUAAUUAUUUUUAGAGGGCUGUUAGCAAAUGACGUGAGGAUAAAAACAUUUUCCAUAAUGGCUGUUCUGAACAGAAAUACAAAUGACGAUCUCAGAAGGAGCACUCAAGAGGAAGCCUGCGAAUUUUUACCAGUAGCUGAAAACCACAUUGGCUUCAUAAUCGGCAAGAAAGGAAGUACAGUAAAACAAAUACAAGAAACGUCAGGGGCGAAGAUCAGUACUCAGUCAGAAAAAGGUCGCAUCGGAUUCGCUAUUCGUGGUAAUGAGAGGCAAAGGGCCCGUGCAAAAGAGUUAAUUCACAAGAAAUUGGUAGGUAGCUAUUAAAGGAAGUGGAACUUUUUCUGUAGUCGUAACUCCUUAGAUUUUCCUAUUUUCUAGUAUCUGUAUUUAUUUGAAUACAGUGAAUCUGAUUGUUAGUCAGCUAGUUAGUCAUUCAUUUAGUCAAAUGAAUAAAGGGGUAAGUUUCUAAAGAAACUGUGGUGCUGCGUCGGUGGGAGAGUACAGCAGGUAAUUUAGUGUUAACAACUGAGUUGAAAAACGUAAAUUAGCCACCGUAAAGGGUAAAAAAGCUGACGUUUCGAGCGUUAGCCCUUCGUCAGAGCGAUUGGAGGAAUUGUGGGUUGUGUGUGGGUUUAUAUGCAAAAAGUGGAGGUACGCCAUUGGUGGGAAUAUGGUGACAAGAAAACAGAAAUAAAUUAGUUGAAGGAAAAGCGCUCGUUGAUUCCGUGGGGAUUAAGGGUGCCGAUUUGGAAGAUAAAUUUUUGUUCUAGUGUGGUUUACGGCUUUCCGAACUGCCUAGAUGUAAGGAAAGGGCGCAAACUGCGAUAUGCUGUUUAAAAUGAUUGAGAAGAUGAAAGUGUUUAGCGACUGGUUUGGAUGCGUCUUCGUCAUUUCUUUCCACGUCGCGAAGGUGUUCCUGGAAUCGGUCACCUAAUCGUCUUCCUGUUUCGCCGAUGUAUAACUUAUUGCAAUAAGUACAAGUUAUGCAGUAAAUCAAUCAGUCCGACAUGAAGUCAGUCAUGAUCUCAGCCAGAGUCAGUCAAUCAGUUUGCUUGGUACCCAAUUAAAUAGACAGUCGUGAUCAUGCGUGGUUGUCAAUUAUCGCUGAUUCUGUUUGUCGUCAUGUCUUUCUUUCUGCCUCUGUUUUUUGUGUGUAUGCGAGAACCUGCUUUUCCUACUCUCUGUAAACAUUGUACAUUCUUGUGAACUUUCGAUUCCAAAGGAAACUCUCUCAGGAAAUCAAAGCGUUCCUGGUCGACCGAUUGUGAUUCCAAAAAAGUUUGAGAAACUAGUAAAAGGACCAGAUGGAGACCAUCUUCAACAUGUUAGCACUAUUACUGGAGCUGCAGUAAGUUCAAUAGGACCCGAUCAUCGGCUGUAUGUAAGUGGAUCCAAGAGAAACACAAAGCAUGCCGAGUAUGUGAUAAAAAGCAGAAUGGUGAGUUUAACACUGACAUUAUUUCAUGUUAAAGAAAAUAAGAUUUUGGAUACCCUGCCAAAUGCUAAAUGUCUCUUAUUUUUAAUACAGAGGGGAGCUUUUUUUUUCAGUUAGGUCAACGAUUUUUCUGCAUUGACUGUAAACCCUUAUUUUUUCGCUCUGUUUUAGGCUGCGGGAAGAGUCAUGGCUAACACAAUCUGUGUCUUUAUAGACGAGAAAAAUCUCCCAGAAAAUUGUAAAUUACAGCUUUUCCCUGUAGAGGAAAAGGAGCGCUUAAUACUUUCAGUGGGAAGUUCAUCUCAGUAUCGCUUGAAACCUUGUGAAGAAUAUGAUAUGGAUGUACAGGUUUGUGCAAAAAGUGGCUUAUGGUGAAAGGCGUAGAACACUCUGCAAUCAUUCUGUCUGCAGGUAUAUCGGUGCAAAGUUAGCGAGAAACGACCGUUCAGGGUUAAAUGAUAGACGCGCAUGAGGUUAAUGACGAAGCGAAUAGACUGCUGAUGUUUAGCUAGUUUUAUUUAUAUUAUAUAUGAAGGAGGUAACGGGUAUCGAGUUUUUAGUUAUAAUCUCGAGGCAAAGCAACUGAAAAAAAAAAAAAAAACAUCGACCCAACGGAAGAAAUGCCUCCCUAUCUGACAGGAUCGAUUUUGAAUUAUAGGGAGCUUAUGCGCUCAAUCAAGCUGUCGCAAAAUACGAUGCUUCAAUAAACAAAAGAAUUUUAACAUCCCUGAGGAACUUGAAGAUGGAAAUUGGGUCCGGCAAUUAUCACAAAGCUGACCUGUGGUGUCAUUUCGGAAAAAUCGUCAUACGGGAACCAGACGAAGGUGAGGCUUAACUAAUUUAUAAUUAAUAGUGGAGUAGAUUAUUUGAUCAGCAGGGAUUUGCUAAAGCAAAGGCAUAGAAAAAACCAGGAAAGAUUUAUUACUCGACGUUUCGGGGUCAUCGUGACUCCAUUAUCAAGAGACUAGUUUAAAAACAUGCAAAUAAGGAAAGGUACAAGAAUAGCAUAAAUUAGAAUGAACGGCUUAAACAAACACCUUGGCGCGGAUGGAAUCCGUUUGCACGUUCAGUGUUGGCUUACGCAUGCGAAUAUACAACAUUUCAUUAACAAGGCAAUCAAAUUUGCCGUUACAUUUCGCGAUGACGUUGAAUUGCUCGAUCAAGCGUUCAGGCAUUUCACUAUUGUGCUGGAGGUGGUAGUGUUUGUAGAUAGAAGAUGAUUUCCUUGUGUGCCCUUCUACGCGCUCGUGUAAGUGACCACGAGUAUAGCCCACAUACCCUGCGUCACACAGGUUACAUUUAAAUUCAUAAACGAUACAUUGUUGGUUAACAAUAGGGGGCUUAAUUUCGUGUUGCUUAAGCUGUUGAUCGAGCUUAGGGCUAACGAACACUGGUUGGACAGUCACGCUUAACUUCGAGCUUAGACUGUUCAGUUGUUGACUCCAUGGAGUCGCUAUGGGUUCUCCCCUUGGACCGUUGCUGGCUAACGUCUUCAUGUGCUCGAUUGAGGAAAACCUCGAACAACACGGUCAACUUCCGCGCUAUUACCGGAGGUACGUCGAUGACACCCUGACCGUAAUGCCUGAUAGGGUGACCGCUGGCCAGUUUCUAGACACCCUUAACUCUACCCAUCCCUCCCUCCAGUUUACCAUGGAAGUCGAACGGGAAGGAUCCCUUCCCUUUCUAGGAACUGAACUGCUUAACCGUGCACCAAAGAUUGAGAGCAAGGUCUACAUCAAAAGAACCAACACGGGUCUCCUUCUGCAUUUCCAGAGUCAUGUUGACAUUAAGUACAAGCGCAGCCUAGUUAACACCAUGGUGGAUCGCGCUUAUCGAUUAUCUUCUAACUGGUCUUUCUUCUCCGAGGAAUGUGACCGCCUUAGAGGGGUUUUUCAUAACUUGAAAUACCCAAAGCCACUGGUUGAAACUACAAUUAAGCGGUUCGUUGAGAGAAGGUUUUCAUCUGCAGAUCCCUGUCCAUCACCAGACGUACCAUCGGAGAUUGUGAGAUUAGUGUUACCCUUCAAGGACCAGUCGUCAGCUAAUCAUGUUAAACAACAACUGAACAGUCUAAGCUCGAAGUUAAGCGUGACUGUCCAACCAGUGUUCGUUAGCCCUAAGCUCGAUCAACAGCUUAAGCAACACGAAAUUAAGCCCCUAUUGUUAACCAACAAUGUAUCGUUUAUGAAUUUAAAUGUAACCUGUGUGACGCAGGGUAUGUGGGCUAUACUCGUGGUCACUUUACACGAGCGCGUAGAAGGGCACACAAGGAAAUCAUCUUCUAUCUACAAACACUACCACCUCCAGCACAAUAGUGAAAUGCCUGAACGCUUGAUCGAGCAAUUCAACGUCAUCGCGAAAUGUAACGGCAAAUUUGAUUGCCUUGUUAAUGAAAUGUUGUAUAUUCGCAUGCGUAAGCCAACACUGAACGUGCAAACGGAUUCCAUCCGCGCCAAGGUGUUUGUUUAAGCCGUUCAUUCUAAUUUAUGCUAUUCUUGUACCUUUCCUUAUUUGCAUGUUUUUAAACUAGUCUCUUGAUAAUGGAGUCACGAUGACCCCGAAACGUCGAGUAAUAAAUCUUUCCUGAGUAGAUUAUUGGGAUGUAAAAUACAGGUACCUCUACCUUUGCGCUCCUUUCUUCGUUAUUAGAACACUGUGGUGUAAUGUUUCUUCUCCAAAAGCAAGGCUUUACCUGACUAAUCAACUGAAUAAUAAUCGACUGAAAAAAAUCUCAAUUCUCUUUCAAAAUUUCAAGGGAAAGGAAGACAAUUUCGACAGCCUAUCGUCCAUUGGUACACUAUUACCAUUGCAGUUUAGUGUUUAACAUAAAUCGAUUAUCGUUCUAUCACAAAUCCUUUAUUCUGAUUAGCUACUGGGUUGAUAAUGUAAAUUGACCUCCAUAAAGAGUUUCUAAAGAUGACUUUUCGAGUGUAAGCCCUUUGUUACUCGCCGUUUUUCCUGAAUAGUGAGUAACGCGAGUUAACUAACAUUGUAUGGUUGUUGUCAAAAUAAAAUAAACACUUGAUUCUGUCAGUGUUGCUAAGUUUUGGGCAAGUAGUCGAUUUAUUCUUAAAGAAAUUAGAUUAUUCGCUUUCAAUUUCUUUGUGAGAUAGUUUCUUCGGGCUUCGCUCUCACUAACUAUCACGUAAUAGAAAUCGAGAGCGAAAAAUCUUGUCAUUGAUUGAUUAAUUUGAAAGGAAUUGGACCUGAUCUGGAUGGUAAAAAGAGACACCAUUUUGAAAAUGUAAGCCAUCAAGUAAUUAGAAAACUACAUGUGUCAACAGCCGACCUCGAGGAGACGUGGAGCAUUGCUGAUUCACUCAACAAGCUUCAAAGAACAGAACAGAAAAAAAACGAAUGGCUUGUUGCAUUUAAAGAGGGCGUGAACCUUGCUGACAAAGUGGUGAGCGAUACAUUUGGUGAUCAGAUAGGGGAGGACUUCAUGGCAAGAUAUGACUUGACGUUUUUGUCCCCGAAAAGCCAAGCAAUGCGAUGUAAGGCAAGUUUACCACUUUCACCAUUUUAAAUGACAUGAACCGGUUUCUGUUUCGAAGUCAUAUACACAUUCACGUACAAGAGGUUAACUGUACCCAUAAUGCAAUGUAGUUUCCCUUAAUGAAUGCUUGUCCAUAGUGCAUGCAUACAAGAGCAGAGGCAUAAUAAAAUUCAAAAAUAAUGGUAGGAUAGCUAAAUGGGGAUUGCUGAGCAUAUUAAUUUCCUUCUUAUAUAGGUUCAGAACAGUUCAGGAAAACACGCUUUAAAAAACUGAUAAAUGUUGAGUUUCAUUGAUUCAAAACUUUCCAUCCACAAUUUUUUGUAAUUUGUUGGACAUCUACAAUACCUUAUAUGUAUUAAGAAAAUUUGCGUUCUCUCAAUUAUUCAUGUUUGGCUUUUUCAAUUUUUAAGUGGCUUUUUCUCAUGACAACUUAGGUAUGGGUAGCAAAUAAAGAUGUGGGAAAGAAACUUGAAGAAAUACCGAUUCCUUUCCAUGACCUGAAAAAUGUUGUUGAAGAACUGCGGUUUGAGGAUGAUUCCACAAGGGCGAGGUGUCGAGGGUGGCUGGUUUUACAGUCCAAGAAAUUUCUCCAGGUUAACAUCAUUUUUCCAGGUUCAGACGUUGAUUGCAGGAUAAGCUUGCGUGCGCUUACAGGUGAGUCUACGAAAGGUCUUAUAUCUCUAGUUGUCUGUGUGUGUCAUAUCACAUAUGCAUUACUUAGUGAAUGAGUCAUUCAGUGACUGACCAAUGGACUGACCUCCUGACUACUGACCUGCCUACCCACUGACGUAGCACCACAGUUACUUUGGAAACUCACCCCCUUUGAUUUACCGACUGACUGAGCGGGCAAAACGAGAAAGUGAGUGAGUAAGAGGUGAAUUGAUAUUUCCCUCCCUUGUUGCAAAUGUGAUAAGUAUGAAAUUAUUCCUAUGUUAAUAUUUUGGUCGAUUUUUUGGGUCAACAGUCCAGUUUCAUUUGCAAGAGCCAAGUUUCUGCUGGAAUAAAUUUUGGCCACGCAAGAUGGCCUCUUUAUAGCCUAAAACUCACGCAAAACAUACUUUAAAUCCUGAAACUAUUAGCAAAGUGGGAAAGUUGAUUAAAUAAUGGGCCAGUGAGUGAGUUUAUGAAUGCGAAACCAACAUAAAUACUAAUGUUUGAUCUAACGGUUUUUUUUUUCCUCAGAUGAUUUAGUUGCUAACAACAGCCUUGUACGCGAGAAAGAAGCGACACACCUCGUAUCAAAUUAUCUUUCUAAGUUGACAUUCUCCGAUGCCGACGGGUUACGCCUUCCAGAAGACGAGAAAUUACCCCAGGGAUUUAACUUUACUCAUCGGAGAUGUUCCCACCGGACUCUGUUCACCCCCCGGCCUGGAUUUACCAUGAUUGUCUCUGAUGAAAGAUCCUGGUGCAGUGAUCUCAGAGAUGAGGAAAACAGAGUGACGGUAGGAAAUUUGUCGUUAACAACACCAUGAUAUUACGACUUAUUUUAGUGCAAAUUUAGCGUUUUAUCUCGAAUGGUGCAAUCUGAAUGGUUGCGCUUCCCGUUAUUUAUAUCCGCGAUAGUCAUAGAGCACAGGGGGUGACCCAACAAUGUACAGUUCCUAACAAAUUACAAUAAAAGAAAGAGCCUGUCUCGAUGUUACGUUUUCAACGAGUAGAUUUAUAGUGAAAGGAUUAAAUAACUCGCUUUCGAUUUCUGCCCUCACUCGAUAUCACGUGAAAGAAAUCGAGAGCGAAUAAUCUAAUCGUUAAAAAGAAAAAUUUUUUUCCUCACCAAUUUACCCGAAUUUAUUUAAAAAUAUCGUAUCAAUUAGUUUGAAUCGUUGUCAGCUUUAAUAGUGGUGUCGUUAACUAGGAGGUUCAUUUAUUUUUGAACUAGCUUCUCUUUUUCCCCUAUUCACUUCUUUUUAAUCAUUCAUACCCUUAGACGGAUAUUCACCUUCAUUGUGAAAAAUGGGAUCAGCUUCUCAACGAAGAAGACUGGGAACCAGAAAUGAUCUGUGCCGAGUUGCCUGAGUUUCUUCAGUUCGUUCGUCAAGUUCAAGAAUUUAUUUCUUGUAACGGCAACAAAACAGCUGAUCAAGAAUGAAGGCGGAUAAUACGCG